CAGUAGGAAAAAAAGAGAAGCUAAACAAGCAAAAGUUUUCCUCCGACUCGCGAAAAGAGGAGUCGACAUGGAUGAAAAGGAGCUGUUUGUGUGAAUAAAGUGACGAGAACCUUCUCCACACGGUAAAAGAAUGAUAACAUAGCUAGCACUUUGGGUUGUUUUGUGUGAGAGGACGUGAAAAGCUCAGCUGUGGGAAAGUUUGAAGCAGGAGCUGGGCUGGCUAUGGCGCGGGACAGAGAAGACCCCGGGAUGGCCAAAGCCCCUAAAGUCAAACGGCAGAGAAAGAAGAAAACCAAGGAGAACAAAACCAGGACCGUCCACGCAAACAUACUCUAUGACCACGCCAAAGGAGAGGAAAACCCAAACCGACACUAUGCAAACAACAAGAUUAAGACGACCAAGUACACUGUGCUGUCUUUCCUGCCAAAGAAUCUUUUUGAACAGUUUCAUAGGUUUGCUAAUGUUUACUUUGUCUUCAUCGCUUUGCUGAAUUUUGUACCAGUUGUCAAUGCGUUUCAACCAGAACUUGCGCUGGCUCCUGUGGUCUUCAUUUUGUCUGUCACUGCCAUCAAAGACUUAUGGGAGGACUACAGGAGGCACAGGUCGGAUAAAGAGAUCAAUCACAUGGACUGCCUGGUCUUCAGCAGAGUGGAGAGACGUUAUGUGGAGAAGUACUGGAAGGAGGUGCGGGUGGGAGAUUUCAUCAGACUGCGAUGUAACGAGAUCCUCCCUGCUGACGUUCUGCUGCUGAGCUCCAGUGACCCAGACCGCCUUUGCCACAUCGAGACCGCCACACUGGACGGAGAGACCAACCUCAAGCAGAGGCAGGUUGUCCGCAGCUUCUUCGACCUGGAUUGUGACUUUGACCCUUUGAAGUACAACAGCAUAAUUGAAUGUGAGAAGCCCAACAAUGACCUGAACAGAUUCAGAGGCUACAUAAUCCAUCGGAGUGGCAGAAGAGAUGCACUUUACAAAGAAAACUUGCUGCUGAGAGGCUGCACCAUUCGCAACACAGAGGAGGCUGUGGGAAUAGUCAUUUACGCAGGUCAUGAGACCAAAGCCAUGCUGAACAACAACGGCCCACGCUACAAGCGGAGUAAACUGGAGCGACAGAUGAAUGUAGAUGUGUUCUGGUGUGUCAUCAUCCUGCUGGUCAUGUGCCUGUUUGCUGCUGUUGGUCACGGGCUGUGGAUGUUUCAGUACGGAGAUAAGAGGCCUGUGUUUGACGUCCUCAGUCCAGAGGGGACGGACUUAUCACCCAUCAUGUCCGCUAUUUAUCUCUUCCUCACCAUGAUCAUCGUCUUUCAGGUGCUGAUCCCCAUCUCACUCUUUGUGUCGAUUGAGAUCGUCAAGAUCUGCCAAGUGUACUUCAUCCAUCAGGACAUGGAGCUGUACGACGAGGAGACCGACUCUCACCUGCAGUGCAGAGCUCUUAAUAUCACAGAGGAUCUCGGCCAGAUGCAAUACAUCUUCUCUGACAAGACCGGGACGCUGACGGAGAAUAAGAUGGUGUUCCGCCGCUGCACUGUGGCAGGGGUGGAGUACUCCCAUGAUGCAAAUGCCAGGAGACUUGCUAUGUACCAGGAGAUGGAUUCAGAGGAGGAGGAGUGCACAUCUCACGGUGGCACUCUGCCCAGGCGGGACAGUGUGACGAGCCACCAGAGCGCCAAGGUGGUGCUGCGCUCCCAGAGCACAAAGUCCCACCGCAGGACGGGGAGCAGGGCGGAGGCCAAGCGAGCCAGUAUCCUGUCCAAACACACGGCCUUCAGCAGCCCCAUGGAGAAAGAUAUCACCCCCGACCCCCAGCUCCUUGACAAAGUCAAUGAAUGCAGCAGUCAGAUGGAGUUCAUGCGUUUCCACAGCCAGUCAACGUCUCAUCUGCCCUCUGACCUUGCUGACAUCAUUGAUUUCUUCAUCGCUCUCACCAUCUGCAACACCGUUGUUGUGUCCUCACCAAACCAGCCCAGACAGAAGGUUCGGAUGAGGUUUGAGCUAAAGUCUCCAGUAAAAACCAUUGAGGAUUUCAUCAAACGCUUCACCCCAAGCCGUCUGACCUCCGGCUCCAACAGCAGCAGCUCCUCCAGCCUCAUCACCAACCGUUCCUCCAACAAAGGCUGCUCCAGCAUGCUGUCGUCCCCGUCUGCAGAGAGCACGCUCACCAAACUGGACGAGGAGAAGCAUCACAGCGGCCUGGAGCACGCUUUCAGCCCUGUCCCACCCUGCUAUGAUGGGAAGGGCUGGAACGUGGAGGAAGGCGAGCUGCGAUACGAGGCCGAGUCACCCGAUGAAGCAGCUCUGGUCUAUGCUGCACGGGCGUACAAGUGCUCUCUCGUUGGACGCCUCCCUGAUCAAGUGACUGUGGAGCUGCCUCACCUGGGGAAGCUGAGCUUUGAGCUGCUGCACACGCUGGGCUUCGACUCCACCAGGAAGCGCAUGUCAGUGGUGGUGAGACAUCCUCUGACGGAUCAGAUCACCGUGUACACCAAAGGAGCCGACUCUGUCAUCAUGGAUCUCAUCAAACCCCCCGACACAGGAAACUCCAAAGGGAAACGCCAGAAAAAGAUUGUCAGCCGGACCCAGAACUACCUGAACCUUUACGCUGCCGAUGGCCUUCGCACGCUGUGCAUCGCUAAAAAGGUUAUGAGCAAAGAGCAGUACGCGCACUGGCUGCAGCGCCACCUGGAGGCAGAGACAGCCAUCCAGGGAAGAGAGGAGCUCCUGUUUGAGUCUGCCCUGCGGCUGGAGACGAACCUCCAGCUUCUAGGAGCGACUGGCAUUGAGGAUCGGCUGCAGGACGGUGUCCCAGAGACUAUCGCUUCUCUGAGACAGGCUGGCCUGCAGAUAUGGGUGCUGACAGGGGACAAACAGGAAACAGCUGUAAAUAUUGCAUACGCCUGCAAGCUGCUGGACCCAGAGGAGGAGAUUCUGACACUGAAUGCUGAUUCUCAGGAGGCAUGUGCGCUGCUGCUGGAGGAGAGUUUACACUACAUCCAGGCCAAAUUCCUCUGCAGCUCUGCAGACCAAGCAGCCAAGACCUUCCACAACAACUUUGUACCCUUUGACAUCUACUCCUCUUCAUCUCCGUCCUCCUCCUCAUCCUCCCACACCGCUCCCUUCAUGGUGCACAGGCUGGGCUUGGUGAUCGACGGGCGUACCCUGGCCUACGCCCUUGAUAAGAGUUUGGAGGAUAAGUUUCUGGCGAUCGCGCGGAGCUGUCGAUCGGUUCUCUGCUGUCGCUCCACGCCGCUGCAGAAGAGCAUGGUGGUCAAACUGGUGCGGAACAAGCUAAAGGUCAUGACUCUGGCUAUAGGUGAUGGGGCCAACGAUGUCAGCAUGAUCCAGGUGGCAGACGUUGGUGUGGGCAUAUCGGGACAGGAGGGCAUGCAGGCGGUGAUGGCAAGCGACUUUGCUCUCCCACGUUUCCGGUAUCUCCAGAAGCUUCUGCUGGUCCAUGGACACUGGUGCUACUCCCGGCUGGCCAACAUGAUCCUUUAUUUCUUCUACAAAAAUGCUAUGUUUGUUGCGCUCAUCUUCUGGUAUCAGUUCUACUGUGGAUUCUCAGGUUCGGCCAUGGUUGACCAAUGGUAUCUUAUCUUUUUCAACCUGAUGUUCUCCGCAUUCCCACAACUCAUCACCGGCACUCUGGACAAAGACGUGUCAGCAGAGACUCUGCAACAACUACCUCAGCUCUACGUGAACGGGCAGAACUCAGAGGAAUAUAAGCCAUACAUGUUCUGGAUGAACAUGAUAGAUGCCUUCUACCAAAGUUUGAUCUGCUUCUUCAUCCCGUACUUUGCCUACGCUGACUCUGACGUGGAUUUGUUUACAUGGGGAACUCCCAUCACCACCCUGGCUUUAUUCACCAUCCUGGUGCACUUAGGCAUCGAGACCAAAACCUGGACCUGGAUGAACUGGCUGUCCAUCUCCUUCAGUGUAGCUUUAUUCUUCACUGUGGCUCUCUGUUAUAACGCCUCCUGUCCCACCUGUUACUCUCCUUCCAACCCGUACUGGACUAUGCAGAGGCUGCUGCAGGACCCACUCUUCUACCUGCUCUGUGUCAUCACGCCAAUAGCGGCUCUGCUGCCCAGAUAUUUCUACAGGGCGUGUCAGGGAACGCUGUUUCCCAGCCCGGUUCAAGUCGGGAGACAAUUGGAUAAACUCCCCUCAGAAACCCGCAGGAACAUCCUCAGCCUCAGCAGGGUCAAGGUGGGGUCGCCACUCAGCCCCAAGCCUCACUUCCUCUCCCUCAGCACGCCCUCCACAACAAGCAGCAAUAAAAGAGACCAAAGGAGCUUCCCUGGCUCUAAGACAUCACAUACACCCUCUUUACAAACAGACCAGCGGGGAAGGGGGCCCGCGGACACCGAGAGGGACCUCUACACAUUAGUCCCCUCAGAAAUAGACACGCUUCCUUACACCAAAGACACUCCAAAGCUCUCAGAGGAGCCACGGCCUCCUGAAACCAAAGACUUAGAGCGGUUAGAGAAAAGUUUAGAGGCGUCAGAUGUGAGUCUGUCAGGCUGGAUCACCUCGACACCUCUGCUCACACAAACAGACAGCAUCCAGCUGAACCUGCCCCCCGACGGAGACGCUCAGAGUGUCCGAUACAUGAGGGACACAGAGGAAAAACUAAAGUCUGGUCAUGUGGUUCAUGGAUCACAGAGGACAGAGCAGGACGCAGAACAGUCACUGCACGUCGCAUUAUGAUGUCUUAAGUAUUUUAGUCAGAAACACUAAGAAGACAUCAUCUGUUUUAUUUUACUUUGUUUUCUCAUGAUAAUAUGCACAUUUAUAUUGUUUCAUGAGAUCAAGACUUAUUUAUUAUCUUAGAAUAAUAAUGCGAAUUAAUUUCUGUCAAAUUUUCAACACCUUAAGAAACUAAUUCACUAGCCGUAUACUGGUGAUACAACAACAUAGAUAAGCUGUGAUCGUGAGAAAACGACUGAAAUUUAUCUGUCAUCUUGGGAAAAUGGAGUAAAAUAAAAUCCAUGGGUGUAUGUCCACUUAGGGCUUCUGUACUCAGACUCCAAUUUGCACGAUAGGUUUUUUGAAAUCUAAUUUUAUUGUAUUUUUCAAGGAGAUUCUUUUAUAAAAUAUAGAAAAAGGUACUUUAUAUUUUGGAUGUUUAGAGCUAAAAAUAUUUCUGAGAUUUGGGAGGUUGAAGAACUGGAAUAACUCCUGUUUUUCUUUACUCCUGGGGUUAUAUAUUUCUCUUUCUUGAUCAGGUUUUCACAGAUGGAGGAGCAGAGUCAAACAUUCCAGUGUGGAGUUAUCUGGGAGUUUGUUUCCUCUCUGAAGUGGUGCUCUGCUCCUUUUUUUUAACAUUCGCCUGUAAACUCAUAUUCCUAUUAAUAAACUGGUAAUCCUGAGAGGAUAAGUUUAAUGUUUUAUAGAAACAUGUUUGAGGCAAAUUCUCAAAGAGUUUUAUCUUUACUUAAGUCUGAAUAUAGCGGCAUUGUCUCACUGCACGUUUCAGUGCAAGCCUUUUUGUUUUUUUAGAAAGUUUAAAAAUUAAGAAGCAUAUUUUCUAUCUUUUUUCACACAGUUCAUUCCACUGAAAACUCCAGUUAUGCAUUCCAAAAGUUCACAGAAUGGUUUUGUAUUUGUUUAAGAGUCUACCAGAAAUGAUGCUGUUUAAAUGUGUGCGUGCAUAACUUUGUGUGUCUGUGUGCUCUCAUUGGACUUGUUUUACAGUGCCUUUUGUGUUACGUUGAAGGGACAGUUUACCAUUUUUGUAAACGUGCGUAUUUGCUUUGUUGGAAAAAUUUACAAGAAAAACAGAGACCCGUCUGUGCUGUCUGUCUUAGAUGACUGCUGACAAGAGGAAUGGUAGCAAGCUUCCAAUUUUAACACCUUUUGAGCUCAAAAAUGGCAUGCUGUAAUUUUUUUCAUGUUUAUGAAUAUGCUUGUUCAGCCCGACAAAUUAUGGCACUUUUACAAGUGAGUAGUAAUGUCUUUUUUUAAUCACAGGAAGCUUACCGACUAGUCAGUUAAACUUCAUCAGCUUACUAAAUCCAGCAGAGUUCCUCUGCAUUGUCACUAAUGUUUACACAUGAAACACUUUUUACCCUCAAGUUUGGGUUUGAAGAAAAUGACACAGAUAACGGUUAGUUAUGAGCAAGCUUUUACACACGUUCCUGCUCUUACUAUGUCAAUAAAGAAAGCAUAAGGCGGCGAGAGAAGUAGCAAUAACAGAGCAGUGCAGAGCAGGCAUCAAUAAUGACAGAAUGGCACCAAGGAUAAAGGAAGAGCUGGGGUGGAGGAGGGUUGCAAGAGCAGCGUGCAGACAGAGCAGCAGAGCAUAGCCAGGCAAGAGCAGUUUGAAUAAGUCACCAUGAGAGGGAUUAGCCAAUGGCAUGCUUAGAGCAAAGCCGACGACAAAUUUUGUUUACUAGCGGUUAGCAAACAGUUAUGGGUGUCACUGCAACCUAGAUUGGUGGGGUAAAUACUGUCGUGUGAUUGCCUUUUUUUCAGAUGUGUUUGUCGUGUGGCUGCAUGCACCAAAUGAUGACCUCUGAAGCGUUUCAGCUCAGUGUGAAUACGUUAAUAUAUUGCACCCAUAGUACACAUGGUCAACAGAAAGCAUAAGUUUUAUGCAUGUAGGGUGCAGAUGUUCCACAGUCUAGGCCUGGAGGUGGUGUCGACAUGUGUUUGGCAGCCAAGGUCAAGCUUGAUGGCACCUCUUUGUCCUGAGCUUUCCUGGUAAAAUGCCAGGAGACCACCAGUGGUUUUCGGGCUCUUCACAGCACAACUAGGGGCUUGUGUGAACCUUAUACCUGCCUGGACAGUACCCUAGGCCAGCAUUUCUCAACUGGCCAAGCCUCAGGACCUACCAACAUGACAAAAUUAUAACCCAAACUUCAUAUAUUUUUCCAUCAAUCAGAACUAUUUAGAGGAUAAAUAGAACAGCUUGUACCUCAGACAGUAUGAAACAUGACAAAGAGACAGAACAAAACAAGCAUGUUUUAAAAGAGUUUCACAGACUUGAUGAUGCAACUUCUCUCUUUGCAACCCACUGAAAAUGUUCCCACGACCCACUUUUGAGUCCUGACUCACCAGUUGAGAAUCAGUGCCCUAGGCCAUGCCUUCUUACUCCACUCUAAAGGUGUGGACUGGUAUUUUUCUGAUGGAUUGACACAUAUCCAGAGCAUGGCUGGGGUUGUAUCAGUACUCCUUCCCGUCAAUGGUUCUUUAAGGUGACUUCCUCACCACACCUUACUUCAGCAUCAAUUUUUGGCCCUAACACGCCUAAAAGUUCUUCACAGUACUGUAUACCCCAAGCCUAAAAAGUAUUAAUGAGAUCCUACAAGAAACGAAUACCAGGUUUUACCAGGUAUGGUUACAUAACUAUUUCCUUGGAUUUUUUUUAUUCCAACAAAGACGAUUUAUUGUGAGCUUGUACAUUUCUUUGUUUUUGUUACACUAAGCCAAGGUCAAGAUCUCUAAGUUUCUUAGUAUUUGUUGUUCAUACAUGGUCCGUCAAAGCAAAUACGUCUGUUUCCUUAAUGUCUAAGUAUUCCUUCAGCCCUGUAGUCGUCUGACAACAAGCUACCAUCACAUUCUGUAUAGAAAUCUACUUGAAGGUCUGUUUGUAUCACUUCAUUUUGUUUUCUGAGUUGGUCUAAACACAAAUCUGUUUUCACUCUAGGAUGUAAACCAAAAGCUCCGUGGUCAAAGAAGGUCUUUAACAAAUGUCUAAAAAUGAGGCUUUAAGAGUUAACUUUGCACUUUGAGAGCAGGAUUUUAGAGUCGCCAUUAUGUAUUGUUGGUGCUGUUCUAGAAUUAAAAGGAUGGGACGUUUUCCCGUUGUUUUAAAGGAAUCGUGAUGUUUUCCACCAUGCACAAACUUUGUAUAAAGAUCAGAAAGAUGCUUCAGUUUGUGUGAUAGUUGAGCAUUUAAAGCAGCAGCACCUUUGAUGUUUUAUAAAUGUUGUAUCUUUUGUGUCAUUGCAGUACAUUUUUAUAUCAUUUACCAAAGAACAUAUAUAUUUCUGCGUUUUCUAAGCAAUAGUCUGUGCCUUAACACUGGAUAAGAAAUGACAAAUGUAAGAGUUUUAUGUUGCUGAAGCUGUUUUUUGUUUUAAGAUGUCAUCCAAAGGAGCGUUUUUGUUCUGUUUCUGUAAUUGUUGAUAUUUAUGAGGCUACAUGUGAGGUGUUUUCUUUUCCUCCUGUCUGGUUUUGCACACGUUCUCUGGCAUGUCGUUCACUUUCUGACGCAGUUCACUUUUCGUUUCACGUUUCUGUCUGUUUGCAGCUUUUGGCGUCACUCUUAAUGUGCCAGAAUGAAGCUGGAGCGUUUACACUGCUUAACAUUCCCACUGUUAGAAACCUCUAAAAGGAACUUCGACGCUCUCAGCAUGAAGACUUUAAACAUGUCAGAGCUCUGUUCGCGGGUUUUUCAUUUGUACUUUUGUUGCAAGAUGAGUUGUAUAUUAAACCGAUUUACUCUCAUUGGGAAAUACUCAGCUGUUAAAUCACUGUGCAGUAUUCAUAAAGGCAUUAAUCGAGAUCUUCACAUUUAAUUAGAAAUGGUUGGAGCACGCUGGAAAUGCUGGAAAGCUCCAAACUACAACAGCAACAAGCACCCGCUGUGUUUUAAGUUUUGUUCAAAUGCAUUUUUCUUUUGCCUGUUCUUUUUUCUUUGAGGAAUUUUAUUCAUUGUGGCAACUUGUGAACAAAAUAAAACUAAGUAUUUAUCUUUGCUACCUGUUUGUUCAGAAUAAUGUAAUCUUUGCUAAAUAAACGUCUCAG